AUGCCUCGCGCAGCCGCUACUACUCGUCGCGCCAAGAAGCGCGCCUCCACGCCCCGCAACGACAGCCCGACGAGCGGCGUGUCGACGGCCCACUCGAUCAGCCCCGGCAAGCCAGCCGCUCGUGGCCGCAAGCCCGGAAAGCGCGCCGCCGCCAAACCGAAGCGCUCAUUGUCGCGUUCCCGGAAGGCCACCACUGCUCGCAGCACCACGCCCAGCCGCCGCCGCUCCAACUCGCGCUCCCGUUCCCGUUCUCGCUCCCGCAGCGUCUCCGCGCCCAAGAAAGCCCCUGCUCGCCGUGGGCGCGGCGCGAAGAAGACGCGCACGUCGGCCCGCUCGCUCUCUGCUCACACGCCGCCCGUGCAGGCGAGUUGUCCAAAAAGCCCCUGCUCGGCGUCGUGCCGCCACGAAGAAGGGCCCGGCGGCCAGGUCGCGCUCGCGCUCAACGCGCCGCUCCUCCUCGCGCUCGUCUCGUUCGUCCCGCGCCGUCAAGAAGACUGUGGCGAAGCGCGGCCGCCCCGCCAAGAAGUGUUAAUCGAGCCGACAGCGCAGCCCGAGACGAACCAACAAAAAAGCCAACAUGAAGAC